UUGUUGCCGACCCUGUGCAGUCACGUGGGAUAACGCGCUAUCCGCCCGGAGCAGAUACGAUUGUCACAGUCAUGUCAUAGUCUUGUGGGAAGAAGAAGAAUGGCCAUUCUCUGUGCUGAAGGAGAAGAAGAAGAUGUUCCUCCUAGCCCUGCUUUUGCUUCUAGAAGGAUGCUGUUCUACGAAAGCCUUUCAAGAGGAGCCUAUGCAGUCUGUCAAACAGGUUGCUCAACAACAGGCCCGUCGGAUUUUCGUUAUUCAUGACACUGAGAGAAGGGCCAAUUCGGAGAAGGUAAUAGGUGAAGAUCAUCCCAUGGAACUGGGGAAAGUGAAAAUCCGACCAGCGCAUGUGGUCCUUUCCGCAAACGACACACUCCAACUGGAGUGUUUCGUGGCCUACAAUACGCAUGCAUCAGUUUCUUGGACUCUUAAUGAUCGCGUCCUGUUGGAGGUAGAUGAGGCCAAGGUGCAAACAAUAAACUACAAGGGUGUCAAGAUUAUGAUAUCAUCUAUAUCUAUUCGCAAUGUACUCAAGCUUCCGACCUUCAAGGAAAUCUAUGUCUUCAAGUGCAUCUACCUUUUCGACGACGCAAUGCAAACGGCCCAGAGCGUUGUUCAUGCCCGGGUCACUGAUGAUUGUCAGUCAGACCAAGACUGUGCUCCUCGCAAUGGGCGAUGCGUUAACUCCCGCUGUACCUGUUCUAAUCCCCAGUUCCCAGUGAAGUUACAGUCUGUACACACCACUUGUCGCGUGGAGUCUUUUCUAGAAACGGAAUGUCUGUACGACGAGCAGUGCGAGAAUGUAGAACCGAAAAGUGAGUGCACAGUGCAUCAUUGGUGUGCAUGUUUGCACGGUUAUGCUAGAGAUGCCUGGAGCAACUGUCUUCCGAAAGCUAAUUCUGGGCUUCGCUCCCGUUGUAACUCUGAUCGUGACUGUAUAGAGCACGGAGCAUCUUGCGUCCUUAGCCACUGCUCCUGUCUCGGUGAAACUCAAGAAAAGAACGGCAUUUGCGUGAAAUCUGCGCAAGACACAUUUGCAACAAGUAUUGUGGCUCGUGUCUCUCAGAGCAAAGGAUUCUCAUCAAGGGGCGCUUUAUCCCUUAUCUUUCUUCUCCUGUUGGUUCAUUAAAGUGGUAUGGCAUGAA